AAAGAAGUGAUUUUACGUAUCAUAGACUGUACGCCGAUACGAAGUUUAUCGGUGAUAAGAAAAAAGCAAGGAUCCCUAUGAAGGCGGACGACGAGGCACCCGGACUCUGAGAUGUGUCCUGCCCAGAUACAGCUGUGCCUCGGCACUGACUCUCUGUGGCGACCAGUACAUCCAUGAGGACCACCGCUGAUCUAGAUGGAUGAUCCUGACUGAUCUGGAAGCUUGAGUUAUAGUUUCCCUGAGACAUAACUGAUAAUUUAUCCACAAUGUCUGUCUCCACGGUAUUGGCAAAGGCACUGUUUGACAACACAGCAGAGAGCCCAGAGGAGUUGGCCUUCCGGAAAGGUGACAUCUUGAUGGUUCUUGAACAGGAGCAGAGUGGUGGGCCAGGCUGGUGGCUCUGCUCCCUGCAUGGAAGACAGGGCAUUGCCCCUGCCAACCGCCUUCGUCUCCUCCAGACUGCCCCACCCCCAGGCUCAGAACUCCGCCGUGGCCCCAGUGAGGACUCUGUUUACCUGUCACCUGGUCCUGCGCUGGCUCGGUCUGCUGUCAGCAGUAGUGCAGAGGACAUCGAUGGAGUGUAUCGCUCCCCGCCAGGUGUGGGUGAGGGAAGAGGAGCGGGAGCUGCCUCAAGGCCAGGGGAGCUCCGCAGAGUUGAGGGUGGGCGCCCACGCUCUCACUCCAGCUCUGGCACCCGACCCAGACCUGACUGGGAUAUUGGGGUGGCAGGGCGUCCACGCUCGCCCUCUCUCAGAGGGCGAGGCACAGAAAUGACAGGCACACUUUAUCAGACUCCAGUAAGUCCCAUACCCUCAGCAGCUCAGCAUGCCAGGCAGCCUGCAGCUCUCAUGGCUUCAGAGUCUGUGUACCUCUCCCCUAGUGGAGUGCCGAGGGCGGCUGAUGAGCCAGAGGACAAUACAUAUUUAGUCCCUAGAGAAACACUAACUGCAGGACACUCGGAUGACUGUUACUUGGUACCCAAAGGUACACCACUUGCAGGUGAUGAUGUUUACCAGUCCCCAUCAGGAGGGGUUGUGGUUACUGCUGUCUGCUCUAAUGGCCCCUCUAUAAUCAGUGGAACAACAGGUACCCCCCAGUCCAAGGUGAGCCAGGACACACCCGGGAUGUAUCAAACACCCACCCCUGUGGGAGCAAGCCUUCACAGGACUUCAGCCACAGUUUUGGCCCACCAGCACCCAUCUCAGUUAUCCUCUGCGCAGGCAUCUCCCAGACCUCUGCUCAAGGGAGUUUCACCCAACCCUGCUGUGGCCAGGGGCAAACCCGGUCUGGCCUGUCACAGGGGAUCCCCUUUGCUGGUCAGAGCAGGUCAGGUCAGGGUUCCUGGAUCACCAAAUUUUGCCCGCAAACCUCCUCCACCAGCUCCUCCAGUGAGGGGUGUCACCAGGAAAGAUGCACUACAAGCAGCACCAACAUCAGUCGAUUCUAACUCUGUCCCCAAACCCACUGCUCAGACCAACUCUGCAGGCCUGCAGCAAGAACAGGACAAACAGAAAAAUACUUCUCAGAGUAAAGAUGAAAGGAUGAACAAUGGGUUGGAGAAAAGCAACAAUGCGCACAACAAAAAAGGAGAAAGCCAGGAUUACUCAGAUCCAGUGGAUGACCAGGUGUAUGAUACUCCUCCCAGUGGCAGGUGGCAGCGUCCAGUCCCAUCUGCCCUUGGUGGUGAAGAUGAUGAUGGCAUCUAUGACACCCCUCGCAGUCUCCCACCACAAGCUGACUCUGAGACAGAGGUCUAUGAUGUCCCCACUAUCGCCCUGAAUGUGUCCACAUCAGAUGUUCAGGCUGAUGAAGUCGACGACGAAGUCUACAGUGUCCCCACACUUCCAGGUGUGCCUCUGGGGCCAGGGGAGUCCAUCACCAGCCUUUCUGGUGAGGAUGUUGUCCAGGUUGGGAAAGUGUAUUGUGUCCCUGGACCUGAGAAACGAGCCAGCAGUGGAGAUCAUAAACGAGACUCCUCUGAGCCUGACUGUGGCAUCUAUGACAUGCCUGCUCUGACAAUUGAAGUCCUCCCUCACUCUUCCUCGUCCUCCUCCACCUCUACUCGCCGUCUCUCUGUCUCUAGUAACGGUUCAGGUGAUGUUCAGUGGAGAGCCUCGCUUUCCAGCCUUGUCCACUCAGUGCUGAGCACAGCCUCCUGCUCGGCCUCCACUCUGUCAUCACGAGACCUGGCCACCUCAUUGGCUGAAAUCCUGUCCACCUGGAAAGCCAGUCAUUCGGGUGAUCCUCCACCGCCUCUUCAGCAGGCUUGGGCUCGUCUGUCGGACCUGCUUCCCGCCUUAUCCGCUAUCGGCAACGCUCCUCCAUCCGAGGGGCUCUUGUCACUGGUCCAGCGGUCCCUUGAGGAAAGUGCCCUCCUUUUGCAGGCUCAGGGUCGCCCCCGUCUGCCUUCCCAAGAAUCCCUGUCCCGCAGGCCAUUACCCGCGCUCCCAGUGCCUGAUGGGAAGUCAUCUGGAGGUGGCAUGGGCUCCCGUAAAGGUAGCUGGAUCCAGGAGAGGCCCCUUCCCCCAACUCCUCAGCCUGCCUUCCCCUUGCCUCCUGCUCCGUCAACUGUUACUCUCACAGUGGGGCCUGUUAAUGGAGAAGAUGAUCCCAGCAACGAGUAUGCUGGGAUCGGCUUGACUCCCAUCCCUGCACCAGUGCCUACUGGAGACAGUGUUGGAUAUGUCAAGCUGCAGGGUAAACCUGAGCCACCUCCUGAUGCCCUGGCUGAGAACGGACAAACGAUCACUGCAGAACCAAGGUUGACCCCGUCCCCUCCACUGCCUGUGUCUCUCUCCCUGGAGGACUCGGAGCUGCUGUCCUUCUACUCCUCUCAGAGCCUCGCCCACCUCUCCUGCCUGGCAGAUGCCAUUGAUGUGCUCUUCAGCAGCGUGCAGGGGAACCAGCCGCCCCGCAUCUUCGUCGCCAGAGGAAAGAGUCUCAUUGUGACAGCACACAAACUGGUGUUUAUUGGGGACACGCUCUCUCGCCUUCUCACCUCUGCUGACCUGCGGGCCAAGAUCACAACCUCGGGGGGGCGUCUCUGCCAGGCCUUGAAGGCAGUUGUGGUGGCAACAAAGGGCGCUGCACAAAGCUACCCCUCAGUAUCUGCCACCCAGGAGAUGGUGGACCGUGUCGCUGAGCUCUCCCAGCAAGCGGCUGGCUUCUCCACUCUGCUCCAGCGUCUGGCAGAAAUAUCGUCAUGAUAUUUCAUAUCACUUGCGUAAAAACUUUGCUGACACUACACAUAUAUUUUCUCUCUUUGAGAUGCCUUAUUUGUUGGUAGACUCUUUCAUUACCUUUCGUUUCAAUGGGAUUGAAGCAAGUGAAGUUGAAUCCUGAAAGUGUUUAGCCUUGCUGCAGCUGUUACUAAGCUGGGUUUUGACUGUGCUGGUUCUGUCCUCCAAUUGUGUGUUGGUUUGCCUUUGUUUAUAUACUGACCUCUGUGCUUUCGUGCCAGGCACACUUGUCUUUUUGAGUGUUAACUUAUUGAAUAUUUGAAGCCCAUAUGUGGCUUUGAGUGUCUGUGUGGACUGCUUAUUUUGGGAGCUUUGCUUUAUUAUGUUUGCCGCAUUUUCUUUCCCUCACAUGAUAGCCAUUUUUCCUUCCUUCCUCUAUUUAUUUAGCCAUCCCCCCAUUCCAAAAAUAGCACAGAAGGAGGCCUUACAUCCUGGAUCUGGCCUACUUUUUACUGUGAUACCUGAAAGGCCUUUUGUGAUUAACAGUCUGAAACUGUCAAAGCAGCAUAUCAAGUGUUUUGGGCUUAAUAUGGGAGAAAUGGAAAAGGGUGUGUAGUAGGAAGUUUGCCCGACUUCCAUCCAAAAUCUUUGCAAGUGUGUGUUGUGUUUGUGUACUGCCCAUUUCCACUAGCAAGGAAAGAUUAGCUGUGGUACAGCUUGAAAUUCACUCAUUGAGGUUUAAAAGAAACAUCUCUCAAUAUGUGUUCAAUUUACAUUCAUGCAGUUUUUCACAUCUCACGAAGAAAAAUUCAGAAAAGUCCUGUCUGAUAGAGAGAGGUAAUAUCCAAGAAUUGACACAGCGACUAAUCGUGAGCGAUGACAUUCGGGCGAGAAUUGCCUAAUCCUGUUCUUUCCCACAGUCACAUGACAGCCUGACAGUGGAUAGGAAACCUGCUGACCAAGGUUACCUGUCUCCACAUGUCCUGUUAUGAUCUGCAUGGUUACGUUUCUUUGACUUUCUAUGCUUUUUAUCUUCAUUUCCCAUAAGAUGCUUGUCAACAGUGCUUACUCACGUCUGCUCCGAUAGGUUCAAGUCAGCAACCUUGCUGUGAGGCAGUGUGGUAGAAACUAAGGCUGGUUAUUAUAUUCACAAUUCAUUAUGAAUGGAAAGCAUAGCAGUGGAACAUAGUUCACUGUACUGAACAUCAGUAUCAUGAUUUAACAUUUGUCAUAACAAGAUAUAUAUCAGUAUUUUAUAAAAAAAAAUGAUAAUAAUAAUAAUAACCAUAUGGCCGAGCCAGAGUGAAACUGUGAAAUGAAGCAUAACUUACUUUUUGAUUGAAAUGGGAGAAUUUCACAUUUUAAAUCCAUUGAAACACAUACCUGUUUUUCCAUCUGACACUAGUAUAUUGUCUGACCGCACAUUUUCAUUUAUUCCAGUCAUCAGGUGCAAUGGUCUACACACAGACAGCUCAGUCUGAGGCUGUGGUGGAACAUAUAGUAGACUGGAAGUUGAACAAACAUAUUGUUUGACACACUUAACGCUACAAAUCUUAACUGUGUAAACACAUGGCCAGUUUGAUCCUGGAGGGUGCUCUUCAACGUUAGAUUAUAAAGGUUUUGGAUCUGUCUUCUCUGACGUUACUCUUAUUACUUAACCUGAUAUUCCAGUUUUAUUUCUCUGAUCCAAGUCAGUAUCGUCAGGGCAUUGCGUAAUCAUUUUUUCAGUUGUAUGGCUCAGUUAAAAUCAUUCUUCAAGGAGUACUGUUUUCUCCUGCUGUUACAUUGUCUCUUCUGCAGCGUCACCUUGUGGAGGUUUGAAGUAUUACCCAAUGAAUACCUCCCUGCCAAAACACUACACGUAUGAAGAGAGCAUGUUCGGCAUGUAAGCUUUAGUUAUAUAUAUUUAUUAUGGUCAGUUUUGGUUUAUGUUUUUUGCUUUCCAGUUUGCAUGGCUGUAACUUGCUUAGAUUUUAUAAAUGUACAACCUUUACCAGGGCGAUUGUAAUUGAUGAUUUACAACGAACAAAACAUGUUUGUUUUUUUUUGUUUUUUGUUUUUGGAAAAAAUAUCUUAAGUUACAAUUUAAAGAUAUGGCUGUAUUUUCUUUUGUACAAGAAAGUUUUUUACGCUAUGUGAACUCAAAUGAGUCUGUUAUCCAUAUUCGCUGAGGUAUAGAAAUGAAUCUUUGACUUUUCUCCUACAGUAAUAUAAACCUAAACCUCUUUACUUUACACUACAUUUGAUGUCUGUCUUGUAUUCCUGUUCAGAAUGCACAAAUACAA